AUGAACUCUGCCCACUUCACCAGAAUCACCAACAUUAGCCAUAUUCAGACGUCUUUGACCUGUCUGCUGCGAUUCUCUGUCAAGUCCCAGCCUUCGGAUACCAGCCACACAUUGCGAAAGCUCCAGAAUCUCGAAACCCUCCUGGCGCAACUGCGCUCUUACAUCACGGGCCGUAGCUCAAAGUCCGGUGAACUUGAGUUGCUCGAAACCAUUGGACCUUCCGUCCAAGAGUGCGAGGAAUGCAUUCAAGAGUUGAAGGAAGAGGCGGAGAAGUUUCAACAGACCAAAGUCAAUGGUGGGAGCAUUGAACAAGCCAUCAAGCGCACCGGCCGUCGCCUCGCGUAUCCGUUCCGUGAGAGCACGCUGCACAAACUGGACGAAGACAUUGAUGAUCUUGUCGGUCGCAUAUCCCUCGCCCUUGCUGUGGCACAGAAGAAGACCGUCGACAACAUUCAAGACGAUGUCAAGGAUAUCGGCGCCGUCCUUGACAUCAUAAGGGCGUCUCAAGUCUCCAACGAGAUCCAGGACUGGCUGAAGGCUCCAGAUGCCUCCAUCAAUUUCAAUGAGAACCGAAAGAAGAAGCAUCCAGGUACCGGCCUCUGGCUGGUCAGGGGUACCAGAUUCGCUGAGUGGCUGCAUCAACCAAAGUCAUUUUUAUGGCUCAAUGGCUUUGCUGGUUGCGGAAAGUCCGUCUUGUGCACUACUGUAAUUGAGCACACUUUGCGCCGUCGCGGAUUCGACAGAAAAUCCAAAGUGGGCGUAGCCUUUUUCUUCUUCACCUUCAAUGACAACACCAAACAGAACACAUCGGCUCUUCUGUGUGCGCUAGUACUACAACUGUCAGCACAACUUGGCAGCACUCCCCCGGCACUUGAACGACUGUACGAGAAUUGCAGAUAUAGGACACCCUCGGAUUCAAGUUUGCUCGAGUGUCUACGUCAAAUUCUGCUGAUGUUCCAAGACGUUUACAUUAUCCUUGACGCUCUAGACGAAAGCCCCAGAGACACGCACAGGGGAGAGAUGCUUGCGGCACUAGCCGAUAUACGAGCUUGGUCAGACUGUUGCCUACACUUGCUAGUCACAAGCCGAGAUGAACCUGAUAUCAGAGACGAACUUCAGGCUCCACCCGAGGAUGCCAUUCCCCUAAAGAACGAUGAGAUAAACCAAGACAUUGCCGUUUUCGUCUCCCAGCAUCUCCAAAGCAACCGUCGUCUGUGGAAAUGGAAGCAAUAUUAUGCUGAAAUAGAAAGUGUCUUGGUCCAAAAAGCCGAUGGAGUACCCUUGAGCGUUCCUGAACUCAUCGAUGCAAUCGCCGUCAACCUUGACGAAGGCACGACACCUAGCUUUAGUGUCGAGCGGAGACUCUCAAAUAUUAACGCCCUCCAGGAAGUCUGUCCUGGCUUCAUCGAAACCGACUUCAUCGAACCCGACUCCCACAAUAGUACAGGAAAAUUUACCGUGCGUCUUGCACAUUUUUCUGUCCAAGAAUAUCUCGAAUCAGGAAGAUCCAGCCAAGUUGAGGCGACAUCAUUCAUGUUUCACAGAGCCGAUGGCCAAGCCACAAUGGCGUCAAUUUGCUUGACUCUGCUCCUCGAUUCUGGAUUGACGUCCUUGAAAGCCCCUGAUGCCAUUCGGAAGCAAUAUCCCCUGGCGGAAUACGCGGCACGGGAAUGGCCACAUCACUAUUGGAUGGGUUCCAAAACUGCAAAAAUCAACAGCCAGACCAUUCAACUAUUCACGAAUGAAAACAGAUCAUUUGAAACCUGGACGACCGUUUGGAAUGUCGAUGAUAGGCACGGGAAGAUAGACGGUGGCCAAGUUCCUACGACGCUAUACUAUGCGUCCUUGAUAGGGGCCAAUGCAGUAUUCGAAGCUUGGUGUCAAGAGGAACACAAUGAUCCUGGCUCAAGAGCUCUCAACAAAAGCUUCCAAGAAGUGUUGAACGCUCAGUGUGGAGACCACGGGACACCUUUACAAGCCGCAGCCGCAUGUGGUCGUACGGACGCCGUCAGAUUUCUUCUCAGCAAAGGCGCAAAUGCGAAUGUUAAGUGGCGUGGGUCGAGUCCACUGAUAGCCGCGUCAAAAGGUGGUUAUGAUGAAAUUGUGGAUAUGCUCCUCAACAAUGGCGCUAAUAUCAAUGAAGCGACCACCAUUAAAAGUAGAAUUCGGCGCCGAGUGGGACGCACCGCUCUUUGGGAAGCGGCUGCCAAUGGCCAUGAGACUACUGUGCAGCUAUUACUGGAGCGAGGGGCAGCAGUAAACACCAAUGCCGACUCGUCGACUCCAUUGAUUGCAGCCUCAAUGCACGGCGAAGUCAAAAUUGUCAAGUUGCUCCUUGGCGCAGGCGCUACGGUUGAUGCCUUGGGCAACCACACUUAUGCUACCGACAUUACUGCUCUCAUAUCCGCGUCGUCUUGGGGCGAGGAAGAAGUAGUUAGUCUCCUUCUUGAAAACAACGCUGAUGUUUUCGUCAAGGGUGACAGUGGCGAAACAGCUUGGGAUGCAUAUACCGAGCACCGACCAGGGGGAGUCGGACAUUUGCUCGUCAGUCACAUCGCUAAAAUGGACGACAGUGCUCUCAAUAACCCCGGAUUCAAGUACAGCGAAUGCUUGGGAGAAGCAGCCAGGCUGAACGACAAAGAUUUGGUCGGUCUUUUUCUAAGUAGGGAGUCUGUCAUUGCUGGGGGCCAGUACUGUUACUCCCGUCAAGAUGCGUUGGAGCAAGCGGCGACAGGGGGUUAUGAAGACAUAUUAUUAAUGCUCCUUGAAAAAGGUGCAAACGCCAACGAUCAAAGCUUCCGAACAGAAGCGUAUGACGACGUAAUAUUAGCACUGCAGUACGCCGCAGCAGAAGGCCAUCAGAGGAUUGUGCAGCUGCUCAUCAGAAAAGCAGCCAAGAUCAAUGGCUGUUUGGACAAUGACGACCUGAAAGGGCCACUGAUGGAAGCAUCACGUCGAGGCCAUAUCGAAGUCGUGCGAUUACUCAUAGGAAACCUCGCCAUGGUGGAUGCUCCGGGUCCGAUGCAGCUGUCACAAGGAAUAGGGUGUACCUCGGCCCUUGAUGCAGCGCUCGAGUCAGCCUCAUCAGAGGGCCACAGUGACAUAGUAACAUUACUGCUCGAGCAGGCAGGGGUAGUCCAAAACCCUACAUUCAUUUACGAAGCAUCAAUCCACGGUCAUGUCGAAGUCGUCAAACUGCUUCUCGCAAGCGGCGCUGACCCAAACAUCCCGCAUAGGGAAUACUGUACUGCAUUGGAAGCAGCGUCCGAGGAAGGUCAUGUUGAGGUCGUCCGCAUUCUACUGGACAGCGGAAUCGACGUCAAUACCCGGACCUUGAGAAACCGAACCGCGCUACUCGCAGCCUCACAUAGGGGGCAACGAGAGGUCGUCGAACUACUUCUUCAGUGUGGGGCAGACCCCAACCUUGAAGCAGAUGGGCAGCAGCCAACGGCCAUUCAAGAAGCCUUUGCUGACCACCACGGCUACGUAGCCGCUGUGCGGAUGCAAGACACUGCGCGCGUGCUUCUUGACCAUGGCGCCGACCCUGACCCCCCACCAUUCAAAGGCAGCAAUAUGAAAGGACUUGGAACACCGCUACUUGAAGCGUCCACUAUAGGCUUCAAGGAUAUUGUAGAAAUCCUCCUCGCCAAGGGCGUCCGCUUGAGCAUUCAGAAUUUGGGAGCGUUAUCAGCUGCAGCGGCCGGAGGUCACAUGGACAUCGUCGAAAUGCUUAUCCGCAAUGGCCUCGACGACACAGUUGCUACUCAUACUCGACGUGAAGAGUACACAAAGACAUUACGAUACGCAUCGUCUCGCGGCGAUACAGGUGUUGUGCAUCUUCUGCUCGAAAAUGGAGCUGACGGAAAUGCCCUUGUAGGUGGCCGUACGGCAUUAGAAGUGGCAUCAGAGGAAGGCCAUUUGGAGGUUGUGAGAAUGCUUCUCGAUCAAUGCGAUAAGCUCAAUGUGCGAUGCCAAAUGGGCCUGGAAGCUGUAUAUUGGGCAUGUGAGCAGGGCCACAGUGAUGUUGUGAAGCUACUCUUCGAAAGAGGCUUCAAGAUGAACGAUGAAUUGCCACUCUUCUGUGGCAUACCACGCAGCAACAUACCGCUACUGGAUGCACCCGCGACAAGCCCAAGGGAAUGGAUGAGUCAUUUUCUCAGUAAAGGUGCCGACGCCGAUCUCCUACGUGGUUUAUGGCGAGAUGAUAUAGAUGGAACUGCGCUUCAAAGAGCAGUGCGCAAUGAACGAAAGGAUGCCAUAAUAUUACUGCUUAAGAUGGGCGCCAAUGUCAACGCUCACUUCGGAGAAUACGGAACAGCAUUGGAAUUAGCCUCGGAGGCUGGACGCAGGGAUAUUGUGACGAUGCUGCUUACGAAGGGUGCAGAUCCAAACGUUCACUGCGGAGAUUCCGGAAGGGCACUGGAAAUGGCAUCCGCAGCAGGAGGGCACGGAGAUAUAGCAGAACUGCUGUUGGAGAAUGGUGCCGAAGUCAAUGCAGAGAGUGAAAAUUACGGAACGGCCUUGAUUGCGGCCUCGACAAACGGCCAUCUGGCAAUGGCCAGACUCCUCCUCGAGAAGGGUGCUGAUAUCAGCCUUCAACACAAGAAGUACGGGACGGCACUCCAUUCAGCAGUGGUUCAGGGCCAUUUCGACAUUGUGAAACUGCUCCUCACGGAGGGCGCAGAUGUAAAAUCUGUGCAUACGGACAACGGAACGCCACUUCACGCAGCAGCGAAGCAAGGCAAUUUGGAUGUCGCUAGACUCCUCCUCGAGAACGGUGCUGAUGUAGACUUCGCACAUGCGGCUCUUGGAACGCCACUUCAAGAGGCAUUAUGGCAAGGCCACUUGGAUGUUGCCAAGUUCCUAUUCGACAACAGUUCUGUCAAGAGUUUCCAUGACUCCGUCUGUGGUGACAUCCUUCUUGACGCAGCCGAAAAUGGCAUGUUCCACAUAGUUAGUUUUCUAUUGGAACAUGGAGCCGACGUGGACCACAAAGACGAGGAGGGCGGUACGGCACUUCAAGUGGCGGCUGUCUCUGGCGAGUUGGAGAUUGCCAAACUGCUAUUGGAAAAUGGCGCAGAUGCGAACAUUAAGAGCGCAGAAUACGGAACUGCAUUGCAGGCUGCUUUGAGUGUGCCGGAAACACACAUCGCCAACUUACUUCUCAAAAUGACGACAAACGUGAAUGAAAAGGGCGAAUAUGGGUCGGCCCUCCAAUUGGCAGUUUCUUAUGGGCAUCAGGAAAUGGUCGAGACACUGCUCAAAAAGAAGGCCGACCCAAAUGCACAAGGGCAUUGGGGAGGACUGCGUCGAAUAUACACGUCGUCAGAUGGAUCGAGUUCUGACGAUUGGCUGAGUGAAGCCGAAUCUUACACUGAAGAUCUGCAGGAAACAGACUCAUUGAUGCAGGAUGCUGAUGAAGAGGAAGGGAGCAGAAUUGGCCCGCCAUUGUAUGAGGCCAUCAUGCAGGGUAAUGAUGCUAUUGCCAAAUUGCUCCUUGACCACGGCGCUGAUAUCAACCUUUGCUAUGGAAUUUACGAGAAUGCUCUGCAAGUUGCAAUUAAAUACGGCAGGGAUAGUCUCAUCGAAACACUGAGACUAAAGGGGACAGAUGUACUAGGCUAG